ACAACGCUCGCUGCUCUGGCCGCUCACUCUCAAUCCUCCCUCAGUCGACUGACGCCUCCCGCCUCGCUCGCUCACCCAGCCCUAGCCCAGCAAAAGAACGAUCUCCAGUUCACAGCAGCAGCAGCAGCGUAAAGACCAUGGAGAGCCUGCUGGACGAGGUGCUGGUCGUGGUGCUGCAGUACGUGGACGUGCCCGACCUGCUGUCCUGCCGCCUCGUGUGCAAGCGGCUCGGGGAGCUGGCCCUGCACCAGGACGUCUGGCGCCACCGGCGCAUGUCCCUCAUGCCGGACGAGUGGCUCGCGCCGGCGCUCCGCCUGGCGCCGUGCGUGGAGAACGCGCUGUUCGAGCUGAGCGCCUUCGGGUCGCACUCGCUGUACACGGAGACGGAGUGCGCCGUGAAGAGCUUGGCCGUCUACGUGGCCGGGGCGGGCGGCGAGGAAAUGCUCGAGACGGCCAUGCACGUCAUCCAGAACCAGCUCGCCCUCGGCCGACUCCGCGGCCUCACCCUGUUGAUGGAGUUUAACGGCUCUGUCGACCUCGAGCCGCUGCUCCAUCUGUUGGUGUACGGUCGUUGCGGCCUGGAGGAACUCCAGAUUCCGGUUGUGUCUGGAAUCAGUGGAUGGUGGGACCCGGAGCCCGAAGACGAGGUAUCUCUGCCCGAGUCGUCCCUGAAGCGGUUCCGCUGUGUGCCCCACCCGAUGACUCGGAACUUCUUCAACUACAUGCUGAAAGUCCACGCCCCCACCCUGGAGGCGCUCGACUUCCACUUGUGGCCGUGGAGCCGGCACUGGGGGCCUCUGCUCCUCCGCAUGCCCAACCUCCGCGAGCUCGUGGUCGACCCGUACCCCGGGAUGGCGGCCCUAGCGACGUGCGCGACGCUGCGGAGGGUCAUCCUGCACGCCCACGCCCGCGUCAAGGAUGCCGAAGAGUUCCUCCGCCGCGCGCACCAGCUGCAGUCCGUCUCCCUGCGGUACACGUCGACGGAAGGCCAGGCCGUGGACGACGGCGGCUGCAUGGGCCUGGUCCUCGCCCUGGCCGGGCGUCCAGGACAGUCCCGCCUGGAGACGCUGGAGAUCGACGACGACCGCUCCGACGCCUCGAGGUGCUCGUACCUGCGGCCGCUGCUCGCCGCCCUGCCGUCGCUGCCGGCCCUGCGCCACCUGGAGGUGAACGCCGUGGUCGAGCUGCUGGCCGGGGCCCUGACCCCCGCCAAGGCCCCGGCGCUGCGCACCCUCAGGCUGAACCCCGUCGGGCUGCAGCUGUCGAAGGGCAUUGAGUGCGUGUGCGUCCACGCGCGCCUCCACGAGCGCUCCGUCUUCACCCUCAUGGCGGACAACCCCCUGGUCGAGGUGCACAUGGACGCGCCCCGCUACUGCCAGGCGGCCCCGUGCAAGGCCUGCGCCCGCGGCUGCCACCAGGACAUCUUGCGCGCGCCACCGCCACAUGAGGAGCCACACCCAGAGUGGGGCGCCAUUUACUCUUGGGUCAAAAUGAAUCAAUUUAAAAACCUCUCUAAGGAUUUUCCUCCCCAAUGAUUUCUAGCAUGGAGUGCUGUUGCUAAUUUCUUGUGCAUGCAUUUAACUCGUUGGGACAACAUUACUAUUUUCAUCCAGCAAUAUGCAACUGAGAUGCCUGUACAUAUAAAAUAUUGUGGCUUUUAAGUGUUUUUCAUGUUUAUUGCAUUAAU